AUGACGUCUGUCUGUAGGAGCUGCAAAGACUUCCAGGACGCUUCGUCGCAUACCAAGGAUUCACUCCCGCACGACCCGCCGUUCACACGAACUGCGCACCGCCUUUUCGUGCAGCCAAUGAUUGUUCUGGCGCCACAGGUUGAGGCGCAUGGUUCGUCCUCGCAGCUUGGUUCUGAUUCAGUGUUCAGCUACGGCUUCACCGAACUCACCACGCCAGCGCUCAUUCAUCCACGACGACUGUCACUAGUGGCCACGAUGCUUUCUCCGAACGACGUCUCGCCAAAAGGCAAAGCUCCAAGCAUAUGGUCUUUCGACUCGGGGUAUGGGUCAAACACUUUAGAGGACGACGAACAGGUCCAUCUGCUUUCGGAGCCCGGCUCACCCCCUCGACAAUCAGUCGGGCUUGGCCUCAGCAGCCUAGGAUUCCGUAGCAACUUCUGGAAUGUACAUAUCGAAGAUAAAUUGCGAUUAAGGCGAUCUGAAUCACCAAUCGUUCCGGUUACCACCAGGGUCAACGUCUUUACUAGUAAAGACCUGUCGACAAACACACUGCCCGUACCAGCACUUGCGGAUUAUGUAAACACAUGCAUCACAUGCCAGCUAUGGAACAUCACGAACCCAGGAGAAGGCCUCAAGUGUGAUGACUGCAAGAGCAAGGACUUUGUAAGGCCAGAGGAACUAAAGCUUUUCCCGACUCAGCCAAAAGGCAAACAAGCUGUGCCACGACUGGAGAUCCCACAAGAAUCACAUACUCGGCAUGGAUCUAAAAGUGGAAGUAAAGCUCGGUGUUCAGCCUGUGAGAUUGCGUACGCAAUCGAUCCACAAACAUCUGCCGCAUGUCCUUCGUGUGCUCAAGACCCGGAUUUUCUCUCUCCUGUAUCGCCCAUCCAGGAGCCUACAAUUAGACGUUCUUGCGCCCGAAGACACACUAAGCUUCCACCUCAUGCUUUACAUCAGCUACGUGCUUGGCUCAAAGCAAAUCGAGACCAUCCUUAUCCUAAUUCUGAUACGAAGCGCUCGCUUGCCGAAGCAUGUGGCAUCACUGAAAAACAAGUCACAACAUGGUUCACGAACACUAGGGCACGCAACCUGCCUCUGCUGAAUGACGUGUCUCAGGGAAGUUCGGGGGAUGAAGGCGCAUACGAGUCAGACUUCUCCAACAUCACAAACACACCAAGCUGCACGACGAGCCCUGUGAUCCGCUAUGACACACCAUCAAGCGAUCCAUACUACACACCUGUUUCCGGGAUAUCUGCUUCUAAUCAGCCUCAGCUAGCAUUGCAGACUUCGAGACGCGGCAAGAAGAAGGAUUAUCGACGCAUGAACACCGUUUCACCAAUCGACGAAUCCAAUAUGACAAAGACACCGGCUACUCCAUCAUCCAACACUGGUACACAGGAACAGCAAACAUGGCAGUGCACCUUUUGCUUCCUACGUCUAGCGCCCAAGUCAUGGCGUCGCCACGAAGAGACCCAACACCGACCGAAACAUCAAUGGACAUGUCUCGCUACAGGUCCACGCCUCACUAUUUCUACACGUUCCGGCAGAACCUCUAUCUGUGCAUUCUGUCAAAUGAACAAUCCCAGCGAAGAUCAUUUCCUUAACUCGCAUCGCAUCUUAGAAUGCUCUAAGAAAAGCGAAGCUGACAGGACGUUCGGGCGCCCUGACCAUCUCCGCCAACACGCAAAGAAUUUUCACAAAACAUCGCUGCCAGAUGAGGUUAGGGACAAAUGGCGGAGCUUGAGGAGCGCACAAGAAGCGGACAAGGAGUGGUUGUGCGGAUUUUGCGGAGACGAGCUUGCUACUUGGGAUCUGAGAGAGGCACAUAUUUCAAAUCAUUUCAAAGAUGGGAAGACGAUGGCCGAAUGGAAAGGCAAAGUGGAGAGUGACACUGCUUCUAUGGAUCAGGACAGGAAGCGAACGUUGCGACAAGACCAUGCUUCGAAGCUUUUGAGGUUACAAGAAUCGCUCGUGGGCCAGCCAGAUGGUCAAAACGAGUACCAUGGCCAACCAAUGGAUCGACUACCUGCAAAUUCCGAUGGGUUGCCAUCUUCGAUCAGCUAUUCAAAUAUCGCAGCAAAUACCACACUCUUGGAGCACAACGACACCAUGGGUUUCCCCAGCAACAUGUUGGACACCUCACUGACGACCUUUGACUUUCCCAAUACUUCUGCCAUGGAUGAUUUCGACGCUCUAUAUCCGAUGCAUGAUAAUGAAUAUGGAUACGGCAUUUACAUGGGCGAACAGGAAUUUUCCACAGAAUACGCCUCAGAUAUGGAUAUUUAUGGCAAUCGUUUGGACGUUCAGAACGGAUGGCAAUAG